CUCGAGCAAGAAUAAAGAUCAGCGAUCUGGAGGAUUUAAUGUACUUCUCUUUCCCAUUCCCCUCCCCUAGAGUUUCUUGGUUAAUUGGAGAUUACGGCUUCAAGGUACAUCAAGUUUUCACGGUUAGGCGUACAGGCGAGCCACAUUGCAGUACCGCCGCGCUAAUGAUGGCUUCCGGGCUCGCAAGUACAGCACUACGGACACAUUAAUGCACGCGGCGCUUCCAGUUUAUUGCGGUGCAGCUCUCGCCAAUAAGCAGGGGAGGAAAGAAUGCCAUGCCGUCGCAGGCCAUCACGUGAUGCAGGACUCCCGUCCCCCGGUGCUAGCUUUCGCACCGCAGCCCUCCUCCUCCAGCAGCGCGAUUUUCCUGCCCCUCUGGACCAAUCGACGACGAUGACCGAAUCGUGCUCGCAUUCCUCCUCGCCUUGGGUGGAAUUCUCACCCGUUUCACACUCGCGACCACCUUCCCUUCCUCCUGCACCUACGAGCGAAUUUUCGGGAUCCAGUGUCGACGGAGCUCCGAAAGUCGAUGCGCUCGUCUUCACUGUGGGCCCGGCUCGCUGCCACUGAUUGGCGCUCCGCGAGGCCCACCUCAAUCUGCUGACUGAAUGAAGCUCAUCGGAUUUUUCGGUAAAGGUGGACGGACCGGACGAGCAAGAAGAGUAGGAAGGACAGAAAGUCGCAGAAGAGGCUGAAUCCGAAGCCGAAGCGAAUUCUCGACGCGACAGCAGAAAGUAGUCGAGCCAUCCAAGUGUGAAAGUGUGAAAGUGGCACGGCACUGAACCAGAGCAGUCGCGGCUCCGUUUCGGCUGUGAACACUCGAUUUCUGCUCUUGUCUUCUCUUCUUCAUCGCUCUUGUGUCCAAAAAGUCAGUAUAUUCUCAAUCUAUGUCCGGUCGUGGGGCGAGUGAGAUCCAUCGCUCGAUGAUUCUCUGGAGGCUCUCGAACAUGUGACCGCAGGAUUGGGAGCGCAGAGAAGGGGCCGGGCCGGACUGGACUGACUGCACUGCAUUGUGCCGGAAGCUUGAUGGGGGCAACUUUUGCGCAUUGAACAGCCGGAUAAAAUAGGAUAUCUUGAGGGACUGCAGCAUAUCACAGACUUGGUGCCGGCUUGCGGCCUGAGGGAGGAGAUUGAGAACCAUUUGGGUUGAGGUUGAGGAAGGGACGGAGGCGAAGACGCUGGUCCCGUGGUCCGAUAAUGGCAUCAGGGAGGUAGAGAAAUUGUUGGCUGUCGUCCUGGAUUAGUAAUUCCUGUGAGCCCGUCUCUUUCCGCGCAUGUGAAGGCGGUGGGUAAUCAGGAGCAGAGGUUCUGUCGACGGGAGGAAUUCUUUCCGGGCUUUUUAGUUCCUGAUCGUGUUCGCUCGCCGCAUCUGCUGCAGCGAAAUAGAGGCCUUCCUUCAACAACGGGGAGUGUGGAUGCCCUGUCGCACGCAUGUUUGUCGCUGUCCUCCAGCAGCCAAAGAGAGCAGCAGUGCGUCUCUGCAUUGUGAAAUUGUGCCCACCAUCUUCUGGAUGUGCCGAUCGGAUUGGGGUUAAAAUCAUCUUGCUGUCCACGAGAGGGAGAUCUUUGGCUGCUAACGGUCCCGGUGGACCAGAUCGUUGCGAGACCUCGCAGGAUAGCAGUUAGGAUUAGCAACAAGAGGUCGCCUUUCCGCUCCAGAGAAGCAUAAGAGAGUUCUGGUCUGCUUCAAGCUGCAAGCUGACGGACAAGAAGAUGAAGGGAAAUAAAGGCAGGCCAGCAAGGGGAUGUGGCUACGCUCUGCCUCUACCAAUUGCUGUGCUCGUGUGCUCGGCAUUCUUUUUCCUCGGCUAUUACAUCUCGCUCUCGAAUAACCAGGAAAUUGUGGUUGAAAAUGAUGUUGAUAGAAUCCAUCGUCAACAAUUACUUGAGAAUGGCGAGACAGUCCAAGCAGCGCAUGGAGUGACUGGUGAUGAUUUGAUCAACGUCAUACCUUUUCAGGUGUUGAGUUGGAAACCAAGAGCACUUUUGUUUCCAGGAUUUGCAAAUAAGCAACAAUGCGAAACUAUUAUCAAGCUGGCCAAAACAAAACUUACGCCAUCAGGUCUGGCACUAAGAAAAGGAGAGACUGCUGAUGCCACGAAGGAUGUCAGAACCAGCUCUGGCACAUUUUUGUCUGCAAGUCAUGAUAAAACGGGAACACUGGCAUGGGUGGAGGAGAGAAUGGCGAAGGCAACGAUGAUCCCGCGAGCUCAUGGAGAGGCAUUCAACGUGCUGAGGUAUGAGCUCGGACAGAAGUACAACUCGCACUACGACGUGUUCAACCCAGAGGAAUAUGGACCUCAAAAGAGUCAACGGAUGGCAUCUUUUCUCCUGUAUCUUUCCGAUGUUGAGGAAGGUGGCGAGACGAUGUUCCCAUUUGAGAACUAUCAAAACAUGAAUAUGGGUUACGACUACAAGCAAUGCAUAGGCCUCAGAGUGAAGCCUAAGCAGGGAGAUGCACUUCUUUUCUACUCUAUGUUCCCAAAUGGAACUUUUGAUGCCGCGGCGUUACACGGUAGCUGCCCAGUGGUUGCAGGAGAGAAGUGGGUCGCUACAAAGUGGAUCCGCGAUAGUGUGGAAAGAUGACUUGUGUUUUAGGGUAAUCUAGGAUAAAUCACCACUAUUGGUCCAUGAUCGAGAUUCAUAGCUGAUGGGAACUAGUCACCAAUACCAGAAUUUUUGACUCGAGAGGAAGAUAGGAGAUAAGAAAAGUGCAUAGCCAGGGGAAAAAGUCAAUGUUACAAGAAUGGGUUGCAGUCUCCAUUUUUUUUAAUCUCUUUGGAUCUUAACCGAGCUCGAUCAUGAUCACAAAGGAACCAAUUUGAAUGAUCAUAGGCUCGAGAUAUCUGUCAGACGUCAUUAUAGAGUACAAUCUGUGUUAUGGAAAUUGUAUAAAUUACUUGCUG